AUGGGUUCAACAACCACACAAAUUUUGUAUGCCCUUACUGUCGCUACGACUCCAACUAGACCAGCCCCAGAGGACGCUGCGAAAAAGAGCCAUCAUGCCAAAUCCGGUUUCCGAAACCCAUGGGACUCUUGGCGCGAUGUGAAUCUCAAAAGCGUACGUGAUGUCAUGAUGCGUCGCUUGACCGGCAAAGCCAAUGUACCCGAUACAAGUGGCCCUACAGUCCCCGUUCGAAAGCCCGAAUUUCUUCCCAGCCGCGACACCCCAAAGUUGCGAGCAACAUGGCUAGGCCAUGCAGCAUACUACAUUGAAUUUCCCAGUGGUCUUCGGGUCCUCUUUGACCCUGUACUCGAGGAGCGCUGUGGACCCUACAACCUGGUAGGGCCCAAGCGCUUCACGGACGCUCCUUGCAAACCCACCGAUAUUCCCAUAAUAGAUGCGGUUGUUAUUUCACACAAUCAUUACGACCAUUUAUCAUAUCACUCGGUUACAGCAAUCGCCAAGAAACACCCCCACUGCCAUUUCUUCGUCCCUCUCGGUAAUAAGCCAUGGUUCCAAAGUUGUGGAAUUGAGAAAGUUACCGAGCUGGAUUGGUGGGAGGAAUGCGAUAUUACCUUAUCCCAAACAACACAGGAAACCAAGGUCGAAGCUGUGGGUGAAGGGCAUCCUGAGGCUUCCGAAAUUACGGCCCGACUCAGCUGUCUGCCUUGUCAGCACGUUACCGCUCGUGGACCUUUUGAUAGGAACAAGACCCUAUGGUGCUCCUGGGCUGUGGAAUCCGAGGGCAAGAAGGUGUAUUUUGCAGGAGACACUGGGUACCGACCGGUUCCUGAGCUUCCUGAAGGAGAAGACGAUCAUGAUCCAAAGUAUGAUUUCCCCGUUUGCCCUGCAUUCAAGCAAGUGGGUGAGUUCCGGGGUCCAUUUGAUCUUGGUUUGAUUCCAAUUGGUGCAUACGCCCCUCGUCAUGUUUGGAGCCCUGGACACGGUGAUCCGCAUGAUGCGGUCUCGAUUUUCCAGGAUACCAAAUGUAAGAAUGCACUAGGUAUCCACUGGGGAACUUGGGUUUUGACCGAGGAAGAUGUUCUUGAGCCGCCUGAGAAGCUGAAGACAGCCCUGAAACGGUUCGGUCUGGCUGAGAAAGGUGUCUUUGACGUGGUGGACAUUGGCGAAAGCCGAGAAUAUUAA